AUGGACGUCCCGGUAGCUGCCAAUGUAUUGGGGACCAUGGGAGCACUGAUACCUCAAAUUGUUGUAAACUACAGACGACACAAUGCAACCGGAUUGCAACCCACAAUGAUGAUUUUGUGGGCUUGGGCCGGUGUCCCCCUGGGUGUUUAUAACAUUGCUGAAGACUACAACAUUGCUUUGCGCAUACAGCCUCAGAUUCUCACUGUCCUGAGUCUCGUCACGUGGAUCCAGUGCUAUUAUUAUGAGAAGAACUGGUCUGUUUUGCGUUCACUUGCGGUGGUCAUCCCCAUAGCCAGUCUUAUGGGUGGAGUGCAAACUGGCCUCAUAUUCGCAAUACGACAUGCUCAGCGCCAGGACCUGCAUUGGCCUAGUAUCCUCAUGGCAGUUGCUUCGGCUAGUCUGCUUGCAGCUGGGGUUAUGCGGCACUACAUUGACAUCUACCUCUUUCGCACUGUUCGAGGAAUCUCGUUCAUCUUUGUAGCCAUCGAUGCCCUAGGCGAUGUCUUCUCAUUGGUGUCCGUCUUGUUCCAACCUACACUGGACAUUCUAGGGAUGGUGAUUUAUGGCACCGAAUUGGCUCUCUGGAUUGGCAUCUUUGCUUGCGGAGCUUAUUACAACCUCGUGCCUUGGAUUGUCUCACAGAAAAACGGCUGGGGGAGAAGUCAUGCGGUAUGCGAUGAAAGCGCUCGUCCUGCUGCAAAUCUGACCACAGGUGGAGAUGGAGCAGCAGUCGCAUCUGGGAUUGCGCUCCACAAUCUACCUUCUAGCACUUCAGUCUUCAGGACCCCGUCGGGCAAUACCGACGUCAUGUCACAGUGA